GCAGCGACAUGGCCGGCCAUCAGACUGGGACGCUCGCGGAGACGGUGCUGGCGGGCGGCGGGGUUCCCACGUGCCGCAUCUGCCACCGCGUCCUCGACAGCCCCGACGAUCCCCUGGUGGAGCCCUGCGCCUGCAGGGGUCCAGACGCCUUCGUGCACAAGAGCUGCCUCGAGCGAUGGCUGCGCGACCGGGACACGCUGGAAUGCGACGUCUGCCACAAGCCCUUCAUGGUGCGCCUCAAGAAUGCGCCGUUGCUCGACUUCUUCAAGGACCCCGACCAUAAGGUGGAUAUAGCGCGCAUGGUGGUGGACGCCGUGUCGGCUGCGGGCGACGCCCUCGUGCUCUCGUUCGCCUGGAUCUACGCCAGUGGCAUCCUCGGCGCCACCGGAUGGACCCUCUACCUCCUCAUCCUCUUCGUAAUGUUGUUCCAGACGGCGUUCUGGAGCGUUGUGGAAGUGAUACGAGCGAUAACGUGCUACGAGCCUGUGCGCGUGUGGAGGAAGCGUACAGCCUCCGUGGAGCUGCUGCAUGAUGGGCGCGACGCACCCGGUGGCGACGCCCGCUUCCAGAACACGGCAGCCUCGGAGAAGAAAGUGUCCCUGGUCAGUCCCGCCGCCAGUCCGUUCAUCACCUCGUCGACCGUGCCGCUAAGUGGAAGACUGUCUAGAAGAGACAGCUCGGCCGAGCUCCGUUCGGGACGUGCAUCGGAUGCUUCUCUUCCAAAGGGGAAGCAACCCGGCGGCCCGCGUUAGCGCAAGAGUUCCGAGACUCCCGCCUCGUGGUCGUCAAACCCAAUGCACCAGCAGC